AUACGCGGACGACUAUUGACUAUUUUCUUGGACGGAAAUUUAUUGCAUACGAAAUACAAUUUUUGACGGUUUUAAUAAAAUAAUUGUACAUAAUAAGCGAUAUAUAGGAGAGAGGUUACAAAUAUUUCCAUCUGCAUAUAUUUCACAGACUUGGUUAUGUCAUAUGUAAUUGACGAUAUAUAUAAAUAAAUUGAUUAAUAAUUUUAAGGACUAAUUAGACUUAAAUUAAGGAACUAGAUCGUUUUCUCGUCCUUAAAAAUGUCAAGUUUAACAUUCAUCCGGAUUUUAGCAACUCUUAUGCUUCUGUGUUUCACUGACUUUGGCGAUUUUGUAAGAAUACACGCUUGAAUCUCGACAUUUUGUCAUAAACUGCCGUCGAUUUCAUGCAAUAUUGGACAAUAUGAUUCACGUCUGGAUUGGAAUAUUGUCCUGGAUAAUAUUCACUGAAGACCCAUUCGGCAAAUGUCAGGAUUUGAUAGCUGUGGCGCUGGGCGCCAGCGUUAUUGAUUUGGAUCACUUUCUCGCUGCUCAGAGCUUCUCGGUGGACGCGGCGAUGAGUGCGGGCAAGCGAGGAAUUUUUCAUUGCACGGGCCUUGCCAUUCUUAUCUCGCUGGUCCUUUUCCGUCUCAAGGGUCGCUCGAGUGCCCUUCUCUUCCUCCUCGCCGUCAUCCCCCACCAUUUAAGGGACGCUCAACGAAGGGGUCUCUACGUCCUGCCCUUCACCCACCAGCUCGACACACCCCCGCUGAACAGGGCCCUCGUCCGCCUUCUCCUCCCCCUAGUGCCUUGGGUCCUCAUCCUCGCCAACCAUUUACAGGCUGGAAACCCUCCGACGAUUUCGAGGGUAUUCAAUGUUUAGAGACGGAAGUAGUCGUAUUUUAUGAGUAUGUACAUUCAAGAUUUGUGAUAUUUUUUUUUAUAAUGGGACUGAAAGAAAACAUGUACUUAUUGCCUUAAUAAAAAUGAAUAAUAAGCGUUAAUUAAUGUGAGGGCUGGUGAGACAAGA